UAAAUUUUUGCUUUUCUGUGUUAUGCAGUUAGUGGGGUUUUUAUAUAUCUAACAGACCCAAAGCCUGCUUUCUCAUAAAUACACGUAUUCUGUUAUAACUUAUCCUUCAUAAGUAUAUCUGUUAUUUUCUUUAUUUUAUUGUGUUUACAUAUUCUUCUGAGAAAGAAGAAACAAAGGCCCUUGUGGUACCUUAAAAAAACACAAAAUGAUCUAAUGUAUAAAAUAUAAACCACAGAACUAUGCCCUAAUAAAUUAUUAUCCUUUUAGAUAUAGAUUAAUGUGGUUAUUAGCUCAAUUAAAACCAGUUGCACAUUUUGAUAUCUCACUUUAUGGCUUACACAUCAAAACUGAUAAACAUAAUAGAGCUUGCCAUCUACUUAGCCAAUAUGACAUCCAAAUUCAGAAUUUCUAUAGGAAAGUGGUUUGAAGUUCUAUGCUGCAAACAAGCCACUUCUAUGUGCAAGAUUUUUUGUUCAAGCUGGAUGCUGGCUGAUUAAAAGACAAUUGCCUGAGAUUGCCGUAUGAACCUAUAAAAGUGGGUAUUGAAAUUGAUCCAAAAAAUGGAGAGAACCAGUGGAGCUAUUUAAGCUGAUUUGGCUAUCAUGAAAGGGGCAAUGAAUAAUUUUUGUUAGUAAUUGUCCAAUAAAUAGGAAGAAGAAAAAUGUAAGCUUUUCUGCCUCACUACUCAAAGUAGCCAUAGCUCUUGAAAUGAGAAAGAUUUCAGUAUGUCGGGAUUGUAACCUACAAGAACAACUGCUUAUUAAGAAAUAUCUUAGUAACAUCUUAACAAGAAUUCUAUUAAUUAAUAAUAUUCCAGUGAAGCCAGAGCUUUUCCCUUUGGUUGUUAAACAGUUAAAAAAGAAGCUAUGGAAGAUUAUUUCAAUAUAAGCAGCUAUGGUAGAUUAUUAUAUGCACAGAUGGAAAGAUUCAACACUCACCACUAUGAGCAAUGGUUGUUGAAGCUGAAUUUGCUACAUUUUGCUGAAAUGGAUAAAUUGUUUUCUUUGAUUAGAGAAAAAACAUAUCUAUAUUAUUGGUGAUUGGAAGCCUUUCAUGAACUUUUUGCACAUAAAUGAACUUGCAAUUUAUGGGUUUGAUUAUUAGACUCAAUAGAUUAUAGAAAGUAUAAUAAAAUGUAGCUUUAACAAUAGAGAUUAAAAUAUAUUUGUACUUACAACUGCCGUGAAGAAUAUCAGAAGCCACUUCUAUCCUUUUUCUUUUUUUUCUUUUAUUUUGUUUAUACUGUAUUAGUCUGUGUUAGUUUUUAUUGUUUAAAAGUCAUAAAAUAUAGAUAAUAAAGCAAUCCCAGGGCAGAUAAAUGUUCUGACUCCCAAACCAGCCUUAUUAAAUCAACAUUUAUAGCUAUUAAAAGUACUGUAAAAUAUAGACCACCUGGAAAUUUCACUCAUUCAUUUAAAUUCUUAUAAAUUCCUAUUUUCUGAGCUAUAAGGAUGCAGAAUUGUAAGAAUGCAAUGCAUAUGAAACAUAUUCUAAAAUCUAAUGUGUUUUGCUGGUGCUUUGUACAUGAACCGUAAACUAUAGCCUUAGGACAAAAAAAAAAAAGCCCAAACCAAUGCAGCAGUUUAAUCGAUAUCGUGCCCUGUGAACCUCUUCCAUCUGCUUUAUCAUAAGUGUUUGUUGUGAUGUCACAAAGAUAUAAUCAAAGAUCACUUGAAAAAAAGGCUUAUUUUCUUGCACUUCUCAGGAUGUAAAAUUUUAGGUGAAGGAAUGUGAUUCAUGUACCACAACAUCCUCAAUUUUAUUAUUGAAGCUAGAUAACUUUUAUUGCAACCUGACAUCCAGAUGUCUUGGUGUUUGUAGGCCAAUAUGAAGUGCCAGGAUCGGAAGUCCCAUCUAGAAAGAAACAGGCUGGGAAAAGCCAUUUAAAAUAUUUGAGGGUUAUUUUUUUUCUUUGCAAGACUUGAAAAGCUACCAAGGCAGAAAUUUACCUAGCUUAGGUAUAUAUUCUCCCCUGAAACCAAGAUGAUACCAAACACAGUGUUUGAUCUCAGAAAUGAUGUUCACUUUUGUUUUGGCAAGUCAGUAUUACAGUCUCAUACCAAUCAUAUAUCAUGGUUGUAAAAUGAGUCCCAUCCAUUAAUCUGUGGUCUUGGGUAUACUGGGUACUUCGUCUUCAAAAAGUUACAAGAUAACUCACAACUAGACGAAAUAUUUGAUCCAGAAGUCUUUGGGGACAUUAGGAAUUUUGAGUGUCAAGAGCACUGUCAGAAACUGGUCACCAUUUUGUGGAAUGACCAUUUAAAAAAUCAUGUUCUAAAAGUCAAAUGAAUAUGGUAAUUGCUCACUGUUCAGCAACCUAGCUUACCUGGUGAGGUACAUUUCCUGACAAGCAUGGGCAUACAGCCUCCUUGUAUUUUUAUUUUCUAAUUAUAAUCCAUGGAGUUUAAGUGAAGGUCAUGGCACUUCUUCCAUUUAAAAAAAAAAUAAGGGAAUAAACAAAAUCAAAUCAGGGGCUCCAACUGAUACCAGGUUAGAUAAUUGUCUCUGCACCUCCUAGAGGCACGUCAUUAUUUAAUACUGCUUUAAUAGGUCUUGAAGAAGAUAACAGAAAUGAACUUUACGCGUCUUCCCAUAUAAAUGCCAAGACCACAAUAUAUUAUGUUGAAUUUUGUAUGUUUUGUUCAAACGCCUUAAGCUAUGGAGGAUUGAAGGAAACAUUUCACAUGAUCUCUGCUUAUGACUGUCAGACAGUAUUGAAAGAGAACUAUAAACUUCUUUGCCUUUUUUUAAAGUGCAAUUUCUGUUAUCCCUAUUGUAUACUCUGAUAUACUAGUUAUAGGCAUAUUUUAUAAUCUGCAGCUUUUGCAAGUGACAUGGAUUUCUUGGGCCAAGUGUGUUGUUGCUGUUACCACGAUGAAGAUGAAUUAGAGAAGAAUUCAUUGAACACUGGUGACACAUUUCAGUAUUUCAAUAAGUUACAGAAAUGGCGGCAGUCAGAGGCAGCUAAUUUGUGGAAUGAACCAGCAGACUCCGCUCAUGUGGAGCGGGGAGAUGAUCAUGAGCUUCACAAGCUGCUAGAGAAAAGGUCAAAAAUGCGUCGUGGGUCAGAGGGAUAUCGACGUUUGAGCUUUGACAUCAUUGCCCACCGACAGAUCCGUCGAAAGGUAAAGGAUCGAUGGAAACAUGUCUUGGAAGUCUUAGGAUUCAAAGCUGAAGCAGAUGGCCUACUCACUGUAACUUCCUGUACUUCCUAUGAAUCUCUCCACAACCCUCAAGAGGCCCGUAGACUCCACACUAUCCUGGCUGAACAGACAUCAAUUUUUGGUCAUCACCAUGGUGGUCCGCCAGAGAGAUAUCUCUUUGUCCUGGACCGGCUUAUUCUUCUUGAUGUGGGAGAUGAUUUUCUGUCAGCUGCCCGACACUUUUAUCCUGCAGAGGAAGAAGAAGACAUGUCUUCCAGUGAUGGAGGACCAUCUACUCCUGGUCCCAUUUUAGUACAAUUAAAUAAUGAAACUCAAAAAGAUGCUGAAGUAGAACAGGGGGAGGAAUUAAAUGAGGACUAUGAAUAUUUUGGAGAGGCAAAGGAAGAAAUUGAUAAUUCUGAGUAAAGUACCAUGAAGAGAAGCCAACUCAAAUGAUUUAGUAUGGAUCUAUGGAGGAUUAGAGCAAGGAUUCUCAUCCUUCAUUUUUUUUAAAAAAUUCACUAGUUAUCAUAAGAAUCAGGAUCCACAUAAUACAAAAUAAAACUCCCCGUACACUGACAAUGACAGCUGUACAUUUACAAGUAAUCUGUUACUAAAUUUAUCAUGUACAGUAAGUUUGAAAGACUUGAAAUUUCAUGUAGUUAUUCUGUGUCCCAUCUAAAAUGCUUCUGAAUCCCAUUGAUGCCAAUAUUGAGUCUAGGUAACUUACAUUGUGGACUUUUUAAAAAGUUAUUUUUCAUAGAAUAAACUUGCCUUUCCUUAUUUCCCAUUUCUUGUUUUCUUUUUAUUAUUAUUAUAGCACAGUCUAAAAUAAUCUUUGAAAUUUAUACUAUAAAUAAGUCACUGUCCCUUCUAAAUGAUAAAAGUAGGAAAUGGUAAACAUUUGGGGGUAAAUAAUGUAGCAGAACUAUCUUUCUUUUCUCUCUAAUUUAAUGUCUCCACACUGCCCCUUGCUACUGUUGGCUGAUACCUUAUUUUACAUUGUGUUUUACAAGACUCCAAGUCAUUUUAUGUCACAUGCAAGAAAUGACACAAGGAGCUGAUCAGAGUGAUAUGUUUAUUGCAGCUUGUCUAUAGAAAGGAAUAUAGUCAAACUAAAGCGCUCAGCACACAACCAGUAGAUAAACACUGUGAAGAUUUAGGGAGGAUCCUCUUUCAGCUGCUUCCUUCCCAUCAACUCAGCUCUAAAUUCCACCACAUUUUACUUUUCAUUUGUGGUUAUUUCUUAUACAUGAUAGAGGUUGAGAAUGAGAAAUGUAAAACAUCACCCACCCUCCUUACCCUACACAAUGUCCACCUUAGAGUUUCUUGUAUAACACAACAAUAUUUCAUCUGCAUGCAAGAAUGGCUUCAGAUACCAUGCUAACCCAUGAUUUAAUUAGCUAUGGUUUGUUGAACAGAUCAGAAUUCACUAGUUCAGCAUUCUAAUUGAUAUGGCUUUGCCUCUC